AUGGAUGGACGCGAGUUAUCAGAAGGUUUGAUCAACUUUACNAACCUGGAGAAUGAAAAACGUGAUCUUUUAUCAAGCAACCAAGAGUUUUCUAACAAAGUAGACAUGGCACUUUGCAAGAUAAAGAACCUUGAGGAUUUUAUAAAUGUGCUGGCUGCAAAGUUGAUUGAAUUGGAUAAUCAAAGUUUGAGCUUUUCAGAGAAGGUUGUUCAGCUUAAUGCUUUGUAUGACUCCUGCUUUAAGAUGGGCCAGGAGGAGAGGCACAUUGCUGCUCAGAGUGCUCAGCAUAAAUUUGAUCAGCUUCAUGAUCAAACCUUGCGUAUUACAUCAGAAAAAGAUGCAGCACAGUUGGUUAAUCAGGAGUUGAACAAUAAGGUUAUUGAACUUCAGAAACAACAAGAAUUUGCAAUGGUGCAGCAUGCAGAAGAAUGCCGUUUAGCAGAAGAGAGAAUUCGUAGGUUGGAGUCCGAAGCAGAAACUCUUCUUUCUAAGAGGACUGACAUGGAGAUUUUGAUCCCCAAAUUGCAGGAGAAAAUUGACACUUCAAUAGAGUCUUCAAGAUUAUCCGAGGAAAAAAUGCAAGAAUUGUUGUUGAAACUUUCAGCAUUAGAGAAUGAGAACAAAGAUAAUACAGAAAACCUACAAGCAGAGAUACAGAAGAAAAAUGAAGAAAUAGUUGUACUGCAGAAAGAGAUUAGGAUGCAUGAACAACAUGUAGAGGCACUAGAGAAACAAGUCAGUCAACUUGGUAGUACAUUAGAGGAGAAGGAACAGCUUGUUCUGCAAUUCAAGGACAAAGAGAAACAGCUGAAAGAUCAAAAAACAGAGGUUCAAGCCUUGCUAGUUGAUGCUGAAAGUAAGCUUACAGAAGCUAAGAAGCAAUAUGAUCAGAUGUUAGAAAGUAAGCAAUUGGAACUGUCAAGGCAUUUGAAGGAAAUAUCUCAGAAAAAUGAUCAGGCCAUUAACGACAUUCGGAGGAAGUAUGAGGUGGAGAAGCUGGAGAGUGUUAAUCUUGAGAAAGAAAAGGCUGACAAAGUUAUUGGAGAAAUGGAAAGAAAAUAUGACCAGAAGCUUGCAGAAUGCAAGGAGGAAUCAAAACAGUACUUGGUGCGGGUACAGGAAGAGCACGCUGCUUUGCUUAGUUGUCUUCAGCAGGAGAAUGAUAAGAAGGAAUCCAUUCUUAUAUUUGACCACAGUGAAGAGCUAAAGCGUGUCCAACUUCAAGCUGAAAAUGAAUUGAGAGAGGAAGACAGACAGAGGGCUUUAUUGCAAUUGCAGUGGAAAGUAAUGAGUGACAACGCACAAGAGGACCAGGAAGUGAAUUCCAAAAAGAAUUACUCCAUCUCGUCGACCAAGAUGAGAAGUUCUGAUGGGGGCAAAAGAGGUCAGCAUGCUCUGGUCAGAGCUGAAGAUGAAGAGAAGGAGUCGCCUUUCCUGAGAGCAACACAAACGCCAGUGUCAAACUUAUUGAAGAAAGUGGAGAAGGUGAACUCAGGAAGUGUAAUGACUAUUCCUAAGCACAGUAGGAAGGUGACUCGCCAUGAAUAUGAGGUUGAAACUGCAAAUGGUAGAACAAUUACAAAACGAAGAAAAACAAAAAGUACGGUCAUGUUUGGGGAUCCAAGAAAGCAUAAAAAGGGGGAAACGCCAAAAGCCAAGACCCCCAGAAAUGAUAUCAAGGGAAUUAAAGGAGGGCGUCAUCCAAACCCUUCGAACAUAGGUGAUUUGUUCUCAGAAGGAUCUCUGAAUCCAUAUGCAGAUGAUCCCUAUGCAUUUGAUUAG